AGCCGAGCGAGCGGUCGAGCAAGGGAAGGAAGAUGGUGGAGCAAGCGGCGUGGUUCCCCCUCAAGGCAACUACCAGCCCCGUCACCAGUCCCCAGCAGAGAGACGCCUCCCGGCCUGAAGCCGCCUCCUGAUAGCAGCCAUGCCCCGGCCACGGUCGCGCCGCGGCGACGGAGCCCGCAGGGGCGCCCGAGGGGCCCGUGGCAGUGCCAAGAUAGAUUCCCAGGCCAGUGAUGAUGAGGCAGCUAGUGAAGUGCUGAGUCACUACAGCAGCGCCAGUGAGACUACCAGUGUAGCAGAGGAAGUGACAGGAGGUGAGGCAGUUGAUGAGCAAGCACAGCAAGAGGAAAUGGAAGAUAAGUUGAAGGAGUGCAUUGACAACGUAAUGGACAAGAGCGCCAAGACACGACAGGUAGCUCUAGAGAGCCUGCGGCUUGCAUUCUCUUCCAAGACGCUCUUUGACUUCCUCUUAGAACGUAGGCUCACCCUCAUGGACUCCUUGGAGAAGUGCCUGAAAAAAGGUAAAGGGGAGGAACAGUCCCUUGCUGCUACUGUUCUUACACUACUGUGCCUUCAAAUGGGCUCGGGGCCUGAGGGGGAGGAAGUGUUCCGCAGCCUGAAGCCCCUCCUCAUCAGCAUCCUGAUAGACUCCAUGGCUAGCCCAGUUGCUCGGCAGAGCUGUGCCACUGCUCUUGGGAUGUGCUGCUAUAUCGCUGCAGCGGACAUGGAGGACCUGGUUUCCUGCCUUGUUUGCCUAGAGGGUAUCUUUGGCACCUCCUGCAGCAAGGAAACCAGCUCAGUGCCCUCCCACCAGAGCCCUCUGCUCCGGGUCUUGCACUGCAAUGCGCUCCAGUCCUGGUCCCUGCUCCUCACCAUCUGCCCCAGCACUCAGAUUAAGAAGAUCCUGGACAAUCAUUUACCUACAUUGCCUCUGAUGCUGUCCAGUGAUAACGUCAAUCUUCGGAUUGUGGCAGGUGAAACGAUUGCACUACUCUUUGAGCUGGCCCGAGACAUGGAGGAGGAUUUUUUCUAUGACGACACGGACCUGCUGUGCACAAAACUGAAAGCCCUGGCUACAGACAGCAACAAGUACCGGGCCAAAACAGACCGGCGAAAGCAACGCUCUAUAUUUCGGGAUGUGCUGCAUUACAUUGAGAAUGGAGAGUGCCAUGAAGAGACCAUCAAGUUUGGACUGGAAUGCAUGUACGUGGACAGCUGGGCCAGGAGAAGAACAUACAAUGCCUUCAAAGAAGCCCUUGGCUCUGGGGUCCGGCACCACCUACAGAACAAUGAGCUGCUGCGUGAAAUAUUUGAGCUGGGUCCCCCGCUUGUGCUCGAUGCUGCGGCCAUCAAAGCUAGCAAGAUCUCACGUUUUGAGAAGCAUCUGUACAACUCGGCUGCUUUCAAGGCCAGGACAAAAGCAAGAAGCCGUGUUCGAGAUAAGCGAGCGGAUGUCCUGUGAGGGGGCGCUUGUCCCUCCUUUUGCCUUCCAUCAAGCCAAUGAACUACAGACCCGGACCACUGUGAACAUGAGGGGGUGGGGGAAGCCUGAGGCAGGGGACCCCAUUGCCUCAACUCAUUCAAAACCAGGGUUGUGCCAUGCUCCCUCUGUUCCCCCACCAAUUUUGGGAGGGGGGGCUUUUAUAUAUGUGUAUAGAAUACUAUUUAAAUGUCUUGGGUGUUUGAAUACUGGUGGAAUGGCAGUGGGCAGGUGCCAUUUUUAUUUUUUUAACCAAAAAUCUAAACGAGGUUGGGUGGUGGGGAGACUUAUUCCCCUUGCUGCUUUUUAAACCAGUGGUAAUAUUGGCGUCCUUUCUCUGUCUCCAUUGCUGAAUGUAUUGUACAGUUGCUGUUGGCAACAGAAGUUGGAGUCAGUGAUCAUUUUCCAUCCCCCUGGCCUGCAACUGUUGACUAUUCCAGUGAUAGCUCAGUGCAGGAGGUGGGUUUCAGGGAGAGUGUCCUGGAUGGAGACAGUGAAGGAACCGGCUUGAGGAUGAGUGCCUUGGGUUCGUCCCCACCUCCGCUCCCCAGUGUUGAAGGUUGGAUAAAAUGUAAAUUAGAAAUCAGUGUAGUUGAUUGAAGGCUUAGGCUCAUAGCACCAUGAAGGGGGGGGGGUGUUAUUUGCUCGUGCAGUUGCUAACUCUUGGUUACUUCUUCCAUUCUCUGAUUUUCCUAUCCAUCACUGUAGGCAGAUGAGUUCUCUUGCUUUUUAACACGUGGCUUUGCUUCUCAUUUGCAUACGGCUUUUUAAAGCGUUCCUGUUGACGGCCCUGCCAAACUACUCUCACCAUGGUGCUUUGCCUUCAUGGCAGGUCCAUUUUCAUGCCAAGAAAAGUUUUCAGUUCUGCAUGAAUUUGCUCGCUUUGCAUAAUUUAUUUUACCUCCACUACCCAGUGUGAAAGGUAAGGAGCUGUGCAGGAACCCUGAUGCCUGGUUUGUUGACGCCUCGAACUCCUGUUAACUAGACUUUCGAGAGACUGCCAAGCUCAUGUGGCGCUUCUUAAGAAGUUGUUUCCUGCACCAAAUGCUGCUUCUGCAGUAGUUGCAUACAAUUGCAGAAUGAAGCACAGUGGAUGAGAACCGUUAAAUUAGCCAGUGCUGGAUUUUAUGUAUCCUAGUCCUUGCUCACCAUUCUGCAUGCAGGGUAUUCUGGGUUUGCUCACUUGGCUUCUUUGUGAUUUAUAUCAUUCCAAAUUGGGUAAGGUGCAAAGUGUGUAAGCCUUCAAGAAAGGCAGCUUGUUUUUAGCUGCAUGUAACUAAGCUACUUGCAGGUGCAUGCUUUUCUAGGUAUUUCAGUGUGUUCGUCUCUAAUGAACCACCUCACCUAUGCCUUUUUAAACAUUUUUUUUGUUCGUAAGCCAUAAGGAAAAGAUCAGGUAUAACUAGUUAAAAUAAACCAAGUGGCAGGCAUCUCUUGAAAGUAAGAUGAAGCAGGUAAGAGCUAUGCUUAUCUUAACAGGACUUUUUCAGCAGUGGUGUGGGCAUGGAGCUUGUUUUGCAAGGUGAGAAUCUCGUGAUUCACUGAGGUUUACAAAAUUAAUAAUGGUGUCCUAAUGGCAGGACAUGUAGCUGUGUGUAUUUCUGAUGCUUUUCCUCACUGGACUUAGUUUAGUGCAAGUUCCACCUAUGCAAAGAAUUUGCGUGUCUUCUGUAUUUGUACGACAUCUUGAGUGGUGGCACUAGAAGUUGCCUGCUCACAAAAUGAAUUAUUUGGCUUGCUUAAUGGUCAGCUGUAAGGCUAUUCUGAGUUUCCUGCAAUGUAGAGAAGCAGUUGCAAAGUAAUCCUUAGAGCAUCAGCACAGGGAAUUGUUCAUAUUCUGUACUGUGAGUCCUUUAUGCUCCAAUCUCAGCUAUCCUUUUAUUUAUUUUUUAAAAGUUUGUCUAGACUUUGCAAAUGAAGGAAAAGCUUGGAAACAUAAGUAUUUUUCUGUGAGCAUUGUGAAAACCAACAGCGGUUUUAGGAUUAAAAAAGACAAAGAUUCAAGAGUACUUAUUCAUCUGUCCUCUACACAGAGAAGGGUCCAUUUGUAACCCAAACCAGAGUGUAUGGGGAGAUGGAAGCAGUGCCCUGGCCAUUCUCUGUGGGUGUUCUGUUGCUUUUAAACAGUUGGUUCAACCCCAUUACCAGCAAUGAGCCAGGCUGGGGGAAAAUCCUUAAAGUAAUGGCACAAGGUAUGGUGGGAGGAAAGGCUAGGUUUCUCCUCUCCUCCUUGUGCAUUCAAGUUGUGAUUAAAAUACACUCCUUGGUACCUUUUUCACACAUGAACAGGAAGACUCAUGAAUAAAUACUCAUGGAUUCUCCUACUGCAUCUACUCUAAACCUCAGUUCACUGGAAUUUCAGUGCUGUAUGUACCUUAUCAUCUGUGUUACCUGUUACCUUGCAGUAUUGCUCCUCUCCCCCUCCCCCAUCAGCCUUCACCAUCUCUGAUUGGAGAAAAAUAAAUAAUUAAAUCUG